ACGCCAAAUUGUUUUCAAACUUUGUGUCAGUGUUGGACACAGUGUAUCCCAACGCUUUUCAUGGUGAGUGCGAGCCAUCUGCCGUCAAGAUAGGCACAGAGUCGAAGCUAGCUCUGUGCGGCUGGAGCGGGCAAGCCUACGAUGGCGUGGACUCGAGCCUGCUCCGGCCGCCGCAGCCUCACACGAGCCAACUGGGAACUGUGUAUGCAACGAAACGGCGACGGCGGAAUGGUAAAAGUAUCAAACCUCCAUCAAAAGACGGCGUCACAAAGAGUAACCCCAGUAAACGACAUCGUGAGCGUCUCAACGCAGAGCUGGACACCCUGGCCUCCCUCUUGCCCUUCGAACAGAACAUCCUCAGCAAGCUGGACCGCCUCUCCAUCCUGCGACUGUCUGUCAGCUAUUUGCGCACCAAAAGUUACUUCCAAGUUGUCAUGCACAAGGAGAAGGAGGAUCUUCACGCACACAGACGGGAUCAUUAUGACCACAUCAUGCCAGACGGGGAGAUGUUUCUGCAGGCACUCAACGGCUUCCUUAUGAUCCUGACGUGUGAGGGUGAGGUGUUCUUUGCGACGCACAGCAUCGAGAGCUAUUUAGGAUUCCAUCAGUCAGAUAUUGUCCACCAAUCGGUGUACGAGUUGGUACAUUCCGAAGAUCGGGAAGAGCUUCAGAGGCAGCUCUUAUGGAAUUCUUUUCUUCAGCCGGAAGUCAAUAAUCUGACCCUUCAAGACGUCUUGAGGCCUGAAAGGGCUCAUCUACUUGAAAGAAGUUUUACAGUGCGGUUUAGGUGUUUACUGGAUAAUACGAGUGGAUUUCUUAGGUUAGAUAUCCGAGGAAGAAUAAAGGUACUGCAUGGUCAGAAUAAAAAAACUGAAGACCCGCCAUUAGCACUAUUCGCAAUAUGCGCACCGUUCGGACCUCCAAGUUUACUCGAAAUACCACAAAAAGAAGUCAUGUUUAAGAGCAAACAUAAGUUAGAUCUCGCUUUAGUUUCAAUGGAUCAAAGAGGGAAAAUGCUUCUAGGAUACACAGAUGCCGAGCUUGCAAAUAUGGGUGGUUAUGACUUAGUACAUUACGACGACCUGGCUUACGUUGCGAGUGCGCAUCAAGAAUUAUUAAAAACCGGAGCAUCAGGCAUGAUCGCGUACAGGUUUCAGACGAAAGAUGGUCAGUGGCAAUGGCUGCAGACGUCUUCACGUCUUGUAUAUAAGAACUCGAAACCGGAUUUUGUUAUCAGCACGCAUAGGCCUUUAAUGGAGGAGGAAGGUCGAGAUCUCUUGGGCAAACGUACUAUGGACUUUAAAGUGAGCUACCUAGAUACUGGUCUGACCAGUCUCUAUUUCUCUGAAACCGAACAACUCUCCAACGAGUCCACUGUAACGACGCCACCGCGCGCCGCUCGCCGAUACAAAACCCAGCUCCGAGAUUUCCUUUCCACCUGCAGAAAUAAACGGCGGGUUCCUACCACGCCGGCCCCGCCACCUGUAGACUAUCUCGCAGCCGAUGCGGUAGCGGCCUAUACGAACCUGAACGGGGCCUACACGGCCCCUUACGGGGAGUACCCGCCGGCGCCGACCCUCCACUACGCCCCUCCCUUAGACGACAGGUUCCUCUCAGCCGACAACCUCUUCCACCAAUACAAACCUCUAUCCUACCACUAUACACCUUACACCCCCAACGGUUUCCUUGAACCUCCAGGGUACGACGUGACCACGUACCGACCUCCAUCAAGGGAAUACACGUACGUGGAUAGCACCGGGCGGUAUAUGAGUCCCGUGACCGGUGAGCGGCGGUCUCCCAGCGUCGUUCCGGGACCGAGUCCGGGAGGUUCCAGCGGGUCCACAGAGCAGGAGAGGAUGCAGUCAGCCCCCGAGAUGCCCCGGCAGACGGUGUUGAUGUGGGGAGCCGGUGGGGCAGCUCAAGAAGUCCCGGUGGAGUACUCCCCACCCCAGGUCUGGCGUUAUCCAUCCCACUACCACACAGCUGAGGCCACGCAGUGAGCUUUGUAAUACGUGCUUGGAAUCACCAAAGAUCGUGUCGCGUUUUGAGUUCUUCCACAUUGAUGUAGUCCUGGUAUGAGUUUCUUGAACAAGGUUAUUUUAGGUGGCGGAUGACUAGAACCUCCAUAGAGGGUUUGUGCAAUAUUUAACGAGUUGUCGAAAGCAAUUAAAGUGAAUCGUGAAAUAUUUCAUAGAAUAAUAACAAGAGAUGUUGAUCCUAUUUUAUAAUACCUACACUAGCAGUCCUUUCUGCUGCUUUCUCUUAUUUUUUUUUUACUUGGUCUACCUUUUUAUUAGCUACAUACCAAUAUAUGUAAGACUUUGUUAUCCUACACCAUAGAAAUGUUCGCUUUUACGGAAUAAAAACAUAAAUACUAAAUCAAACUUAACUUUUCAUAUUUUCGUCUUCUCUCCAUAAACCUUUCUCAGAGUUCUAUAUAGAUUAAUUUAAUGUCAUCAUAAAAAUAAUUUGCAACUAAAACAUUAAAAAGCAAUAGUAAUUACUUAAAACUUCAGAUAGUUUAUUAUAAACUUGAACUAGGGCCUUUGAGGUAUAGGUAGAAUAAAAUCCAUGAAAUAAUAAUGUGUUUAAGUAACUCAUAUCGGGAGUAAAUGUAAGAUUGGGGUUUGUUACCAUGUCGUGAUGUGCCUGUGUAUCUAUCGUUUUAAUGAAAUUUAUAGAAAUCUAUCAAUUUCAUUAAAAAUACCGACAAAAACAGGGUCCUCCCAUGUAUGUACAUAAUAUAUUUAUUAUAAAGUGAAGAAAUAAAACAAUUUUAUAAAUAUUCCUAGUAUAAAGUGUGUUCUCGCUACGCAAAAGACACGUUUAGUUUGUAUUAUGUAAAUAUUUUUAUAUAUUUUUGUAUGCUUUAGCUUUUAGUGUUAAUGAGUUUAAAGCUCAAAUAUAAUAGUUUUCUCCGCUUGAACAUAAACGUUUAGUGCAUGAAAAUUGUGAAUAUCUCUAUAAAUGUAAAAGAAAAAUGUUUUAUAAUAUUUUACUACGACGCACCGUUACUAUCCUUAUACCAUUUUCCAAAUUCUUAAAAAAUACUUAGUAAUUUGGGGUUUAUUACAAAUUUAAUAAAAUCUCAAAAACUUCGCUAAGCGUGAUAUAGGCAAGGGUUUCUAUACAUAGAGUGAAUCAAAUACAUAUAUUUGUGUGAAUUUAGCAUUUUUUAUGUUUAUAGAGAAACCAACAUGGCCUCGCCAACGCAUUGACAACGCACUUGUAAAUACACGCGUGCCUUCAUAAAUUAUACUUUGUAACGGAAAAUAUUUAAAUUGUAUAUUUAUGAUUACAACUUCAGUAUUCCGUAGAAGGAGUUUAAUGAGUCGUUACGGCUAAAUUAAGCUAAUAAUUUUUUUGUCCGUCUAUCGUUAACAUUUAUAUCACAAGUUUCUUUUACUAAUUGUAAAAAAUUUAUUUGCAUUGCUGCAGUGACGCGUUGGCUUGGCGAAUCUUCCGACGAAUUAGAUUUAAGCUAAACUUGUAUUAUGUCACUUCCGGAACUUUAUAAACUUUUGGCCUUAAAUAUAAAGGCGUAUAUUAUUAAACCCAAUGAAAUUCAUUAAUGAAACUUAUAACUGUAAAAGUGAAUUUGUAUAUACAUAUAGGUUUCAUGCUAUACAGUAUUUUCAUAGCAAUUUGAAUUUUGCAUAAGCAGAUGAGAUGCGUGCGUUGCCAUUUUCCUUUACGACUAAAGAAGUAUUUUUAUACAUUGCAAGUAUCGAAACCAUUUUAAUCAUUGUAUCCAUUACCGUUUAUUAAAAUGUAAAUUCAAAAUAGAUAGUUGGAAUUGUAAUGCGAGAUGCGUUUAAAUUGUGGAUUUCCUUACAACGAUUUGUUUAUUACCAACAUAUUGUGUGCAGACUGUUAAGCGGGCCAUAGAGGGACCGCAUGUUGCAGUGCGGAUGCGGUUUGCUCAGGAACUGCUCGAGCGGUCCGUGUAUUGCGAAU